UUCCAUUCACGUAAAUUUUAAUCGCAUUGCGUAGUUCGUUAUCACGCCCCACACUAUUUUUAUAAAUAACGUACUUUCUUUUCCCCUUUUUUUUCCACUACAGCAAUGCGUUCUACACGACCAUCAAGUACUGUACCAACUAUUAUCUUGGACUAGUAAGAGCAUCUUGUGUCGAAAUCACGCCUACCAGAUUAAUAUAUAUGUACAAUUUUCAAGAUCAUGAGUGUGCCGCAUGUUGAUCUAGAGUAUUUUUCUUUUUAGACUGUAAUGUGGAAAAAUAACGUGGCGGUGCACAUCUUUUUACCACAAGCAAUAGUGAAACAUGGCGCUCAAUCUCACAGUGAAGGUUCAUCCUGUGGUUUUAUUCCAAAUUGUAGACGCUUAUGAGCGUCGAAAAGCGGAAUCCCAUCGUGUUAUCGGCACAUUGUUAGGUACCGUUGAGAAAGGAAUGGUUGAAGUUACAAACUGUUUUUGUGUACCACACAAAGAAUCUGAGAGUCAAGUGGAUGCAGAUUUAGUGUACGGAAUUGAUUUAUACAAAUUAAAUCAUAGGGUUAAUGCACAAGAAAAUAUUGUUGGAUGGUGGGCAACAGGAAAUGAGGUUACUACUCAUUCCUCUGUCAUUCAUGAAUAUUAUGUUUGUGAAUGUAAUAAUCCUGUUCAUCUGACUGUUGAUACAACAUUAGCAAAUACUACUAGAAUGGCAAUCAAAGCCUAUGUCUGUGUCCCAUUAGGAGUACCUAAUGGAAAACAAGGUUCUAUGUUCACACCAGUUAAAGUACAGAUUACCUGCUACGAGCCGGAAAUUGUUGGGCUGCAGCUUUGUUCUAAGACACAAUUAUCAGCACAUGCUCAGAUAGCUGGUGUAAAAUCAGUCGGAGGUAUAGAACCAAUGAUGGAUCUUUCUCAGAUAGCAGAAGCUAGUGCUAAACUGUCUUCCAUGUUGGAGCAAGUUCUUGCAUAUGUUGAUGAUGUAUUAACUGGAAAACAACCACCAGACAAUCAAGUGGGUCGUGCUCUCUUGGAUAUGGUACAUUCAGUACCAAAAAUGUCAAGCGAUCAGUUUGACGAAAUGUUUAACAGUAACGUGAAAGAUUUAUUGAUGGUUGUCGCGCUUUCACAAUUAAUAAAAACACAGCUACAACUUAAUGAGAAACUUACGUUACUCACAACUCUAUAA